AGUUCCAAAUCAGCCAGCAUUCAUCCAGGCCACCACUUUUCAUAUAUAAAUACAUUUGCUCAUACUUCACUUAAAAUAUCCAAGCUUUUUAAGUUCUUUCUUUUGCUCAAAAAAGAAAGUGAAAUAUCUUCAAGUCUUGUCCAAGAAUGGCUCUUCAGGCUGCUUCUUUCCUUCCCUCUUCUUUCUCCAUCAACAAAGAGGGCAAGGCCAAUGUUUCUUUGAAGGAAACUAGUCUUUUUGGAGUUACAUUUUCUGACAGUCUCAGGACUGACUUCAGCUCUCUGAGGACCAGGAGGGGUUGUAGGCAAAUAUCACAGACCGGAGCUAUAAGAUCACAAGCAGUGGCGACGACUCCUUCUGUCAACAGGGCGACAGGCGAAGGCAAGAAGACCUUGAGGAAGGGAAGUGUGAUCAUUACUGGAGCCUCCUCAGGGUUGGGCUUGGCCACGGCCAAGGCACUGGCGGAAACAGGCAAAUGGCAUGUGAUUAUGGCCUGCAGGGACUUUCUCAAGGCCGAAAGAGCAGCUAAAUCAGCUGGCAUGCCUAAGGAGAAUUACACAAUAAUGCAUUUGGACCUAGCGUCGCUUGAUAGUGUUAGGCAGUUUGUAGAGACGUUUAGGCGAUCAGAGAGGCCGCUUGAUGUGCUUGUUUGCAAUGCAGCAGUGUAUUUCCCUACUGCUAAGGAGCCUACUUACACAGCUGAUGGAUUUGAACUUAGUGUUGGGACUAACCAUUUGGGCCAUUUCUUGCUUUCAAGAUUGCUGCUCGAUGACUUGAACAAAUCUGAUUACCCGUCCAAGAGACUCAUUAUUGUUGGUUCCAUCACAGGCAACACAAACACAUUGGCCGGGAAUGUACCUCCAAAGGCCAACCUGGGAGACUUGAGGGGUCUUGCAGGCGGUCUAAAUGGGAUGAACAGCUCCGCCAUGAUAGACGGUGCAGAAUUUGAUGGUGCAAAAGCUUACAAGGACAGCAAGGUCUGCAACAUGCUCACAAUGCAAGAAUUCCACCGUCGAUACCACGAGGAAACUGGGAUCACAUUUGCAUCCUUGUACCCAGGCUGCAUUGCCACAACUGGUUUGUUUAGGGAGCAUAUUCCCCUCUUCAGGACCCUCUUCCCACCAUUCCAAAAGUACAUCACCAAGGGCUAUGUGUCUGAAGCAGAAUCCGGAAAGCGAUUGGCACAGGUUGUGAGUGAACCAAGCCUGACCAAAUCAGGUGUCUACUGGAGCUGGAACAAGGACUCUGCCUCAUUCGAAAACCAGUUGUCUGAAGAAGCUAGUGAUGUAGAGAAGGCUCGUAAAGUAUGGGAAGUGAGUGAGAAGCUUGUUGGUUUGGCCUAAAGAGGAUCCUUGUGAUUCUUUCUAGCAGUUAGCUGCUUGAGCUGGGAAAUCUGGGCCUUCUAUGAGUGCAAAGAUUGGUUUGGAUACUGCAUUGUAGGAAUAAUUUUUCUCUUGUAUAACUAGUGUACUUUCUUAGUUGAUAAUAAACACUCAAUCGGAUUUGACAGAGCAA